AGAGUUCACACUACGGUUUUCAAACAGCACAACAGAAACCUCCCGUGUUUUAUCCUCUCCCUGUCGGUGUUUCACUCAUCAACAACCUGUUUAAAUGGAUUUAGACAGUGGAACGUAUGAACCAGGAUUCGUUGGUAUCCGGUUUUGUCAAGAAUGCAACAACAUGUUAUAUCCAAAAGAAGACAAAGAAAACCGCAUCCUGCUUUAUGCUUGCAGGAACUGUGACUACCAGCAAGAGGCAGACAACAGCUGUAUCUACGUCAACAAGAUCACACAUGAAGUUGAUGAGCUGACACAAAUUAUUGCUGAUGUAUCCCAGGACCCAACACUACCAAGGACAGAAGAUCACCCUUGUCCCAAAUGUGGUCACAAGGAGGCAGUGUUCUUCCAGUCUCACAGUAUGAAGGCUGAGGAUGCAAUGAGACUGUAUUACGUCUGCACUGCCCCUCACUGUGGACACCGAUGGACAGAAUAAAGUUAUUUAUAAUGAAAUUGUCAAAAAAGUAUUUUCUACAAUAUUACUACUUGCAGCCAUCAUCUUGUUUUCAUAUAUCUCAAAAUAAAAUGCUUUUCCUGUGUAUUUGAAUCAGUCAAUGACAAAGUUGGGGUCAAGGUGUGAACUUAAAUUAAGUGAUCUUUAAUUCAUUUGAUAUUUUUUUGCGUGGCAAUUGGCUUUAUAAAAUAAGAAAUGUGGCCAUCCGGGUAGCGUGGCGGUCUAUUCCGUUCCCAACAACACGGGGAUCGGCAGUUCGAAUCCCCGUGUUACCUCUGGCUUGGUAGGGCGUCUCUACAGACACAAUUGGCCGUGUCUGCGGUGGGAAGCCGGAUGUGGGUAUGUGUCCCGGUCGCUGCACUAGCGCCUCCUCUAGUUGGUCGGGGUGCCUGGUCGGGGGGAGGGGAUAGUGUGAUCCUCCCACGCGCUACGUCCCCCUGGCGAAACUCCUCACUGUCAGGUGAAAAGAAGCGGCUGACGACUCCACAUGUAUCGGAGGAGGCACGUGGUAGUCUGCAGCCCUCCCCGGAUCGGCAGAGGGGGUGGAGCAGUGACCGGGACAGCUCGGCAGAGUGGGGUAAUUGACCGGAUAUAAUUGGGGGGGAAAUCCCAAAAAGAAAAAGAAAGCCCUAAAGGCAUAUUGUUAAUCGCUAAAGACUUGUAUCGGACCCUAUCUUGCAAAUAUAGGGAUAAAUUUGAAACUCAUUUUGAGUCUAAUCAAUUGAUUUUUCAGAAUAAAAACAGAAAUUGGCAUAAUUACAUCAUAAAUUGUAAUAUGUAUUUUUGAUAGAAUAUGCAUAAUAGCUUAUCUAUGUACAAAUACACGUGAAAGCGGUUUUGGGGAUGUUGGAUAAAGUACCUCCUUAUGGGUCUUAAUCAAAAGGAUGAUUUCAACGACGCAAAAACUUGUUAAAAAAUGGCACAAGAUGAAUAAAGUGAAU